AUAAGUUUUUCUCUUUGGUCUUAUCCGACGUCAUACUACGGAAACGCGUUUAGAGCACCUUGUCCGUAUUUAGCACUUUCGCAUCCUGGUCUCUGCACCGCCUAUCAUGGUGCGACUAGACGUUGUCCUUCCCCUUCCCUUGUCUGUUGCCACCUAAAUUACCCAUGACUCGACUUCUCACCUUCAUUCAGCCCUAUGCCCUGCGAUUAGUGAUUGGGUUCUUUCUGUUCCUUCUGCCUACCUGCUGGUCUUGGCCUCACCCUUCUCAUCUGCAGCGGACCAGUCGAAUCUCACACCAUGCCUGUCCGUCAACCUGCACCCUCUGGGAUUCCUCACAUUUCUCAGGACUCUGCUUAUUAGCUUCGAGGGAGUCAACCCUUAGUCAACUUCCUCACGGCAUUUCAAACCCCUGCUCCCUGUCAUCCCGCUCGAGUAGCCGUAAUCCCGAGCCCCCCCUUUUCCAUCCUUACCGACCGCAGACCGCAGGCCGCCUGCCGUACCAUGGCGCGGGUGUGUUACCCUUUCAGGGACCGACCCCCUACCCUUCCCAAGGGCCUGGGCCCCAUGUUCCAUUUUGGGGCUCUUCGAAAUCCAACCGGACGACCCGCAUCCGCGGAUUCUAGGUUGGGUGAGCAGGAGCCACCACUCCAGAGUACAGGGCUUAGCAUCUUGACCGCUCGCUACCGAUAGGACUUCUCUGCCUGGCUCGUGG